AUGCCGUGCAGCUCCACCGUGCGAGAGCAUCCGGAAACUGGUGCAGGCACUUGGCCCUCGCGACGGAAGGACCUCAAGCGGGUAAGGGCUUCGGCGAGUCAUCUCGAGAUGACUGUGGCAGGCUCCGCAGCAGCAGUGCGUCUGCGCAGCCUCGAGAUUUUGGCGAAAGCCUUUCCCCAAGGGGUGGCCGCGGAGCGUGCAGCGCGCAUGUUAGGACUCCAGGGCCCCGAGGAUUUGGAAAGCUGGCUGAACACCGAGUGGCCGGGGGAGGAGCUUCUUCGAAGUGGGCAGUUGGAGUCCAAAGCGAUUGCCAGCUGCUUCGAGAAACAGCGACAGGCUGCGGCGAAGCGUGAGAUCGCUCGCGGCUUCGAGCCCAAUGUGGCGGAGCUCCAGAGCUUCACAGUGAGCCACGCCGAGGUUUUAAAGAAAGCAGAAGCGAAGCGUGCCAAGAAGGCGGCUUCCAAGGCUGCUAAGAAGGCGGCCAAGAAGGAAAAGAAGGACAAGAGGCGUGCAAAGAAACGUUUGAAGAAGCAGGCGAAGCUCGAGAAGAAGGCCGCAAAGGAGCAAGCGCAGCAGAAGCGCAAGCGAAAGGGCUCCGGCUCCUCCUCAUCUGCUUCUGAGAUCGAAGUGUCAUCGAGCCAGAGUGAUGACAGCUGA